GAUUUGUGUUUCUGGAGGCUUUUACAGAGAAGAGCAUGUGUGGCCUUAAAGCACUGCAAGAACAGGCAGUUGUGAGGAGUGAUCACUGUCCAGCACGGUCUGAGACUGAUUCAGUAGGACUGGGCAGCUCUAUUUUCCUUUCAAAUAGUUACUGAGAGAGAGUUCCUUGUUUUGGAAUCUAGUUUUCUUGUAUGUCUCUGGAAUUUUUUCAGCUCUCUGCUUUCAAGGCCAUGGGCACUCAACCUGUACCUGCCUUUGGAAUGGGAGGACAGCAAACCUCAAGCUUUGGGCUGUCAAGCUUUCCUGUGAGCAGCAGCAGCAGCAGCAACUACAGAAACUGCAGUGCCAGCAGUUUCUCCUUUAAAACCAGUUCCAACCUCACGAAUUCCACAUCAUCUGGGAGCAGCCCUGCUGCUGGGAGCUCUCCUGCUGCUGCAAAUCCUCCUGCAUUUGGGACAGCAUCCUCUCCUAGCGCACCCCAAUCCGUCGGCUUUGGCAGCCCGGCCGCUCCAUCCGCAGCCUCCUUCUCCUUUAAAACAGCUGCCACAGCUGCUGGCUUUGGGACUUCUGGCUUUUCAGGCUUUGGCAGCGCUUCUGCUGUGAACUCUGCAAGCACCACUCCGCUCCCAGCCUUUGGAGCCUUCAGUGCCACCGUAGCCACUUCUGCCUCGCCUUUGAGCGGUGCUUUAUUUGGACAGAGCGCCAGUGCCUCUGGACAUGCUGUCACCUCAGCCUCUGCUGCAGCCAGCAGCUCCAGCCCUGCCUCCGAGAAGUUAUUCACACCCAAGAGCGAGUUAUCAGCUGAAGAGUGGCAACAGUUUGAAGCAAAGGAGUUCACAAUUGGAAAGAUUCCUCUUAAGCCACCACCAUUAGAACUUUUAAAUGCUUUCGACCUUUUAAGUUUAUUCAGAAGUAACAUGUUUUGAAAUUAAACAAAAUGCUACUGUUAACUUUCUACAUUUUACAUUUUUAAAUUUUACAUUUGAGAAAUGACC